AUGCGAAGUGGAGACAUUUCUGAGCAAGUCAAGACACUGCCGAACGUGGAAAUGGAUUCGGCAGAUGGGAUUGGUCACUUGUUCGGCGACGCUCCGACGAAGAAGGCCAUUCACGUGUUGGUGGUGGUAGACCGGGAGAAAUUCGAAAGCCGGGAACCUGAGACAGCACUGCAUCUUGAUCGCAAAAGACGGUGGGACAAGUUGAAUGAGGUUUCGACAAGAACAAAAAAAAGAAGUUUUUUGGCUCCAUGGGUUUGGGAGAUCAACAAUAUCAUGCCUGCUGCUAGCCAAUCUUAUUCGAAGCUUUUGGAUACGUCGGGAUUGGUCAAGAAGCAAACUUCAUUGUGCCCUAGCUUGCAAGUGUCUGUGCGCUGUUCAAUGGAGAUGUUCAGAUCCCAACCGAAGAAACAGUUGAGGCGAAGCGUGUCCUCGGAGAUGGAGACUUUGAUUUGUGCUUCAGCGCCGGACAAACGUGUUUGGCAAAGCGAGAUGAUUACAGCAGGGCCUUGCUCAAGCACUCGCGGAUGUUUAGAGGUUGACGAAAGUGUACAGCAUUGCCACGAACUUUGUGAAAUCGUAUUUUUCGAGAAGUCUGGACGAGAAACUCGAGCUAACGUGUACGUACGUACACGGGAUUCAGUGAAGCUUAUCGCUGGGAUAAUGUACUCUAUGCUGUCUAAUGACUACUAG